GACGGACAGAUCGAUACGCCGACGUGACUUGCACGAUCAGAUCAAGCUUGCGAGCGAGACAGCCGGCAGAUCCAUGGACGAUAACAUGCUUGCUGGCCUGCUGGCGGGCGCCGGCCUCCCCGCGCGGCCGCCGGGCGGCGACACGCCGCUCCCCGACUCGUCGGAGCAGAUCUACAUCGCCCCCGUCGCGCUCCUCAAGAUGCUCAAGCACGCGCGCGCCGGGGUGCCGAUGGAGGUGAUGGGGCUGAUGCUGGGGGAGUUCGUGGACGAGUACACGGUGACGGUGGUGGACGUGUUCGCGAUGCCGCAGAGCGGCACGGGCGUGAGCGUGGAGGCCGUGGACCACGCCUUCCAGACCAACAUGAUGGACAUGCUGCGGCAGACGGGGCGGCCGGAGAUGGUGGUGGGCUGGUACCACUCCCACCCGGGCUUCGGCUGCUGGCUCUCGGCCACCGACGUGCAGACGCAGCUGAGCUUCGAGCAGCUCAACCCGCGCGCCGUCGCCGUCGUGCUCGACCCCAUCCAGAGCGUCAGGGGCAAGGUGGUCAUGGACGCCUUCCGCCUCAUCAACCCGGCGGCGAUGCUCACGGGCCACGAGCCGCGCCAGACCACCUCCAACGUCGGCGGCACCGUGCGCCCCUCCGUGGAGGCGCGCGUCCACGGCCUCGGCGUGCACUACUACUCGCUCGCCAUCGGGCACCGCCAGAACGAGGUCGAGGAGCGCAUGCUCGCCUGCCUCAACCGCAAGCGCUGGUCCGACGGGUUCGUCCUGCAGAGGUUCGAGGACGCCGAGAACGCCGGCGCCGUGAGCGGGAUGCGGGACCUCGCGGUGCAGUACGACGCGCAGGUCAGGGAGGAGGACGUGACGCCGCCGGAGAGGCUGGCCGUGGUGAGGGCGGGCAGGCCGGACGCCAAGAAGCAGCUCGGGGAGAGAGCCGAGGCCGCCAUGUCCGGCAACAUCGUGCAGACGCUGGGCAUGAUGCUCGACACGGUCACCUUCUAGGCAGUAUGUGGCUUGGGUUUCAUCGGUUCAGCACUAUAAUUGAUAUCUUUUUAUUGUGCCAGUUUCAUAGUUGGAUGAUCUUCGUUUGUCUACGGUGAUCGUUUUUUGCAAGGAGCUUUGCUACGGUCAUGUGUGCAAAAGAUGCUGUCGAAGAGAUAUUGCCCGAUGUAUGCACGACCUGAAAAUCCAGCGGCCGGUCAUGCGCAUGUCCGGCUGGAUGUAUGUGUCGUCUGUGAAUCGUCUGAAUUCUGUCGUCCGCAUAGCACUGCUCUUUUUGAAAGAAAAAAAGAUUUACUCUGCU